UGCCGUAGAUCAGGUACAAUUAGAGGGCCGAGCUUCAAUUGCAUCAACUUUUUUGUUCAAGCCAACAGCACUAAAGCCCCAAACGGUUUGUUUGUUUUUUAGUUAUGCCAAGUGUUGUUGCUGUUGUUGUUGUUGCUGUUGUUGAUGCUGUAAUAAAAUUUGCCCAGUGGCAAACAAUUGUUGGCCGCAUUCGGAUUUCUGUUGCCAGCUGUUGUUGUUGUUGUUGUCAGUUUUUGUUAUUUGUGAAUUUCAUUUCGGUCCAAGUGGCUGUCGCUGUGGGACAAACGGGGAGUGGUGGGCGUGGCCCUUGAAUAGUUUAGCUAAUGGGAUUUUAUUGUCGUGCGGUGUUUACCUGUUGAUUAAUGAUGAAAGCGCUGCCAACAGAUUCGCUAAUUGUUUACAUUUUCUCCUUCUCGCUCUUUCUCUCUCUCUCUCUCUCUCUCUCUGUCUCUGAUAGCACGCAGCCUCAGCCGACUGCCUGCCAAGCGAUGAAGGACAAACGCUGCUGCUGGACACGCGGCAAGGUGAUCGGAGGCAGCUCCGUGCUCAACACGAUGCUCUACAUACGCGGCAAUCGGCGGGACUUUGACCAGUGGGCGUCGUUCGGUAAUCCCGGCUGGUCGUACGAAGAGAUUCUGCCCUAUUUCCGCAAGUCGGAGGAUCAGCGCAAUCCCUACCUGGCGCGAAACAAGCGCUACCAUGGCACAGGCGGCCUCUGGACGGUGCAGGACGCGCCCUACAAUACGCCAAUCGGACCGGCCUUCCUGCAGGCCGGCGAGGAGAUGGGCUACGACAUCGUCGAUGUGAACGGCGCGCAGCAGACGGGCUUCGGCUUCUAUCAGUUCAACAUGCGCCGCGGCUCACGCAGCUCGACGGCCAAAUCAUUCCUGCGCCCGGCCCGACUGCGUCCCAAUCUGCACGUGGCGCUCUUCUCGCAUGUGACCAAGGUGCUGACGGAUCCGCACACGAAGCGCGCCACCGGCGUGCAGUUCAUCCGGGACGGACGCCUGCAGAACGUGUACGCGACGCGGGAGGUGGUGCUGGCAGCGGGCGCUAUUGGCAGCCCGCAUCUGAUGAUGCUCUCGGGCAUCGGGCAUGGCGAUGAGCUGACCCGAGUGGGCAUUCCCGUGGUGCAGCACCUGCCGGGCGUGGGGCAGAACUUGCAGGAUCACAUUGCGGUGGGCGGCAUUGCCUUCAUGAUCGACUACCCCAUCUCGAUUGUGAUGAAGCGCAUGGUGAACAUCAAUACAGCGCUGCGCUACGCCAUCACGGAGGAUGGACCGCUCACCUCCAGCAUCGGCCUGGAGGCAGUGGCCUUUAUCAAUACCAAAUACGCGAACUCCAGCGACGAUUGGCCCGACAUGAACUUCAUGAUGACCUCCGCGUCGGUAAUGUCCGACGGCGGGUCCCAGGUGAAGACCGCCCACGGCCUGACCGACGAGUUUUACCAGGAGGUCUUCAGCGAGGUGAACAAUCGCGAUGUCUUUGGCAUCUUUCCCAUGAUGCUGCGCCCCAAGAGUCGUGGCUACAUAAAGCUCGCCUCGAAGAAUCCGCUGCGGUACCCGCUGCUCUACCACAACUACCUCACCCAUCCCGACGAUGUGAACGUGCUGCGAGAGGGCGUCAAGUCAGCGAUUGCCGUGGGCGAGACGCAGGCAAUGAAGCGCUUCGGCGCACGCUUCUGGAGCAAGCCGGUGCCCAACUGCAAGCACCUGACCAUGUUCACGGACGACUAUUGGAACUGUUUCAUCAGGCAGUACACGAUGACCAUAUACCACAUGAGUGGUACGGCCAAAAUGGGACCGCCCAGCGAUCCCUGGGCCGUGGUCGAUCCCCAGCUGCGGGUCUACGGCGUGCCCGGGCUGCGUGUCAUCGACGCCAGCAUCAUGCCGACGAUCACCAAUGGCAACAUACACGCACCCGUCGUCAUGAUCGCCGAGAAGGGCGCCGAUCUCAUCAAGCAGCUGUGGCUAACUCCCACCACCAAGCCAACGGAUCAGCAGUGGCGCUCGAAGCGCUCCCUUCCGCUCGCCGGCAACGAGACACUGGCGAAUGCAGUGCGACAAUGGCCAUUGCCCAGCUCGUAGCUCGAGUGGGCGAUGCGUGGCCCGGGCCCGGGGCACAGCUAAAAGCUCUCUGACAGCUGCUCAAGGUGGCAGACUGAGCCUAAGACUAAUCUU